GUGAUGGAACGUGAAAAAGAGCGUAAAGAGCGUGAGCAGGAACGAGCGGAGCGAGUUCAGAAGGUGAACGAGGAGCAGUGGCUACUCAGAAAGGAACGUGCGAAGAGACGUAUUUCUCCAUCCCCUUCCACUCAGUACCGGCGCCGUUAG